UCAGGGUCAUUGGGGUCCCGGCUGCUGUGGGAGACACAGACCUCAUCCCCUUCUUGGAAAAUCUGGUGCAGCUUACCUGGGCUUAAAUGCGAAGGAAGCUCCUAUGCGUAUAGAAAGCGCAUACCGGCUUCCCAUGAGGGAAGCAGGCGGCGGUGCCCAGGUGGAUGGUGCUGGCACUGUGCUAAUGACCCUCUCCGAUUUCUGGGCCCGAGAGAGAAUUCUGCGGGCAGCACGGGCCUGCUGCACGACCAAAUUCCAAGGCCCCAAGGUCUCCUUCUUCCCCGACCUCAGCCCUGCCACACAUGCCCGGCGGCAGCGCCUCGUGGUGCUCAAGCAAGCGUUUGUGAAGGAGGGGGCUCAGGCCUACGUCCUGUACCCUGCCAAACUAAAGGUCCUGUGCCGGGGGCAAACCUAUGUCUUCAGAGACUGCACAUCUGCAGCCCGCCUGCUGGAUGAGAUCAGACAAGAACGGCUGACGAUGGCUUUGAUCCGCAACAGACUGGGGCUGCUGGUCCUCGGGGUCCUCGUCACCUUUGUCCUCUACCUGUUGCUCCCUGCAAUCCAGCACGAGAGGUUCACGUCCAGGGCAGGCAGCCACAAGGCCCAGGCCAGGGCUGAGGAGAAGGGCCAGCAAGAUGUCAAUGUCACCGUCCUAACAGGGACCAUUGCAGGGAGCCCGUCCAUCUUAUUCAGAGAAGGCUUCCUGCUCCAGAGAGCUGGGACUCCCAGCCCCAAAAGGCUGGAGGUGGUUUUUCUGCACGGCCAGGCUUUUACUUCGAAGACCUGGGAGGACCUUGGGACGCUGACCCUGCUCUCAGAGGAAGGAUAUCGCUCUGUUGCUAUCGACCUGCCUGGCUACGGCAACUCCCCACUUUCCGAUUCUGUCUCCACGGAGCAGGGCCGUGUCACCUUCCUGCUGCAUGUGCUGAAGGAGCUGGGGAUCCAGAGGCCAGUUCUGAUCAGCCCGUCCAUGAGUGGCCACUAUUCCGUCCCCUUUGUCCUAGUACAUGGGGCGCAGCUGAAGGGCUUUGUGCCCAUUGCGCCUGUGGGGACCCAGGAGUACACGGCCCAGCAGUACCAGCAGGUCCAGACACCGACUCUGAUCAUCUAUGGUGAGCGCGACUCCGGCCUGGGCGCUCAGUCCCUGCAGAGCCUGCAGCAGCUCCCGAAGCACAAAGUGGUGGUGCUGCCUGACGCCGGCCAUGCCUGCUACCUGGAGAAGCCUCGCGAGUUCCACGAGGUGCUGCUAGCCUUCCUGGGCGAGCUGCAGUGAACGUGGACCCACCUGGGGCCGGAGCCUGGCUGCGCUGAGCUUUGGCUGCGUGGCUGGGACGCUGACUCUCUGACCCCGUCAUUAAGGGCUGUGGGACUUGUCCGGGGGUGGGGAGUUCUCACCGCUGCCGCCCUCCUGGGUCUCUGAUCCUGCGGCAAGUCAGGCUGGAGGAGGUGUGGGAGCCAGGGGCUUGGUAAGGGACUUGUUGGAUGUUGUCAGCCUCUGCAGGGUGAUGUGCCAGGUGCUGGGAUUCUGCCUGCUUAGGGGCAUGAUUCUGCUGUGUGUGUCGGGAGGUAACCAGCCCCAUGCCAGCUUCUGGCUGUGCUCUCCUGUUGCACGAUCCUCGUGUUUGUUGUUUUCUCAUCCCCCUGCCUUGCCUCUCUGCAAGGAGCCCUCGCUAGGGCCAUGAACCGUUGCUGCUGAAUGAUGGGCUGGUGUGUUCGCCUGAGGGGUGGGGGACAGGCCAGGUGACUUUCUGGGGCUUGUUCCAAAGAGCGUCACUGUAGAGUAGCUGAGCAUCUCACUUGGCAGGGGCUGAGGUGCGGCGGGGCUUGGUCCCCACCAAUGGCUCCGAUGGGUUAGCGGUUGUGUCUGAUUGUUGUUUGUAGGGGGCGUUAAAUGGGCCCUUUGCCCGCAAAGCAAGGGCCGUUGGCAUGUUUCCGGGGGGGUGAAUGAUUUAACUCCUGGGUGGGUAAGCUGCUCUGACCAGGCCCAGAGGAGGGAGCUCUGUGGAGGAGUCUGGUAUGAGACCAAUAAACCAUUUGUACAGUG